AUGUGUCGAAGCUCCAGAGGUCAGCUCCCAUGGUCUCAGUGUCCUGACGAAAGCCUCGGCCUUCCGCUUGGCAGCCCAAUCUCCCGAGAGCACCUGCGUGAGCUUUUAGGUCCAGAAGAAGACAAGGUCCAUCCCGCACCCUGGCCAUCUUCUCCACUGAGGAUGGUGUCCGAGGCUAUGGGCCCAACCAACUUCGUCCGAACCGCUGCUGUGGCGUUGGGUGGUGCACACCUCGCUGCGUCCAGAGGUGCAAACUUUCUGUGGGGAGGAUCGACAUCGAAGAAGCCGUGGAUGACAAGAAUGACCUGGCAACUUUCUUCAUUGUUUCUAUGA